AUGUCAGAUGGCACACGGGUUUGUUUCGGGUUCCCAAAUCAAAGUACGUCUGGUGAAUCCAGUGGCCACGAAGUUGACACAAAAGAAAAUCGUAGGCCUUCACCAUGGUUCUAUGAUGAGGAUAAUGCCAUGCUUCCUGGCAGAUUCUCCGUCGAUGAAUGUGCAUUGUACAGAGCAUCAUCAAGGAGAAGCUCAUGCUCUCUACUAUAUGAGUCCUAUAACGAUGAAUCAGAUUCAGAGUUGAGCGAUGUGUCCUUUGCCUCAACUCUCAGCACAAAUCGUUCAUCCCGGAGCCAUAAACCCGGUAUCAAGGUCUCUUCUAAAUAUCUUCAUGAUUUAAGGGAAAGACCGACCAAACUAAGGUCAAAAGAUGGCUCCCUGAAAGCUAACAGCUUUAGGAGCACUGAGAAUAUGAUGAAGAGGUCUAAUCCAGUAGCCAGGUAUGGCAGCUCCAUGUCUCAGUGGGCGCUGUCACCAGGAAGAUCAUUGGAAACGCAGGCCGUGACAACACCAAGCUCAAACCUGAAGCCUCCAAGAGGCAAAGGCGUUGGUAAACUAUUCAACCUUGGUUUCGAUUUCUUCAGGAGCAAGAAGAAGUCUUCUCCCUUCUCUUCACCACUAAAACCAAAGACAUGUGACGCAGAGGCUGCUCUUCAGCUGAAGCUUAUGAACAACCGGUUAGUUCAGUGGAGGUUUGUCAAUGCUAGAGCCUCUGCUGCAAACAAUAACGUAGCCUCCCGAGAGAAGAAACAAGUACUCUGUGCGUGGGAUAGUCUUACCAAGUUAAAAAAUUUGGUUCUGCAAGAGAGAAUUAAAGUGCAGAAGAAAAAAUUGGAGAUGAAGCUGCAUCAUGUGCUUCUUUCUCAAGUUAAGCAUCUUGAAGCUUGGGAGGGCAUGGAAAGACAACACUUUUCAUCUCUGUCAAUGACCAAACAAGCUCUUUACUCUGUUCUUUCCAGGCUUCCCCUAAGAGAUGGUGCAGAGGUGAACGUACAAUCGGCUGUCACUUCAUUUGAGAAAGUAGAAGCAGUCACUGAUGCUAUCACUACAACUGUGAAUAGCUUUGCUCCCACGAUGGAGGGUAUUGUUCCACUUGCCUCUCAACUUGCAGAAGUGGCGGCACAAGAGAAGCUGAUGCUGGAGCAGAGCCAUGAUCUUUUGAGGAUGAUAUCUGAGUUAGAGAUGCAGGAGAGGAGCUUGAAGUGCUGCCUUCUCAUUCAACACAAACAGACUUGGGAUACAAAACUUGUUCAAGACUAG